AUGGGAAGUGGUGUUUCAGAGGACAUUGAAUACAUAACUCGAACAGGUCACUCGUCUUCCUCAUUUCGCGUGAUUUCAUAUUUCGCUGAGUACAGUGGUGAGGGUUAUCCUUACUCUUCUUCCUACAAUUCUCUCUUGGAGAGAACAAUGGUGCGAACUCGCUUUGGAAAGGAAACAGGGUCAGGAAGUACAGUUGCUCGAGGACGUGGUCGUGGAAGAAACAGAGGUCGUGGGCGCCGUGGUGGACGAAUCAGCUCUUCUCCACCUCCCACCGAACCAGUUAGUGAGAUUCCAACUCAACCUGAAGCAAGCGAGGAAGUUCAGGCUGUGGUCACUGACAGUGUGACUCCGCCCUCUCCUAGGGAUCACAUUGCUGAUGCCGAGGAACUUGUGCAGAAAACCCUUGAUGAAACUCAAAAUGAUAGUCCUGAGGAUGAUAUUCCUGGAGAUCAAGCGACUGAUCAUGCUGAAAAAGAGGACGAUGGGAAGGAACAAGAGAUUGGUGAAGCUGAUCCCAGAAAUGUUGAGGAAGACACCAUGAUACACUCCGAGGGAGCCCCUGAAUCUGAACAACAGAGGAUCGAAAAGGGUACUUCACCCCUUCAUCCUGAGGAACCAGCGGUUACUCAUGAAGGUGCAACUGCUGAACUCUCUUUGUCUCUUUCUGAUGAAAGUCUCAACACAAUCAUAGAUAGAACUGUUGACAAACUUUUUUCUGAACGAAUGGAGCAUGAAAAUGCUGUGGUGAUGCCUGCACCGGUUGAACCAGAAACCAAGUCUGACGACUCGGACAAUGCCCCUCUUGCCACUCUGAGAAAACGCCACUCUGGAAAACAAAAGAAGAAAAGGAAGAUUUCUGAUGACUUCUCUGGUCCUUCAAAGGAAAGAAAGAAGGUAGUGAUUGCCAAGAUGAAACUGAAGCAAAAGAAGUCAAAAUCUCGAAAAAGGAAAGCUACACUUCCCCCAGUCUCGGCUGAACAAGCAAUGGACAUUACACAUUUCGACGAUGGAGCAGAGUUGUUCGAAUACGAUAUCUUAGCCAAUCGGAAAUUUGUUCCUGAGGCUCGGUUUACCGAUCCCCUACACAAAGAUGUUGGUUUCCUCGCUUUCUUGAGGAUGAAAGGAUUGCGACGUUGGGCAGUUUGUCUCAAAUCCUAUUGCCCGAAGCUUGUCCGGGAGUUCUAUGCCAAUCUCACACGAGACGUACUGGAAGAGGAAAGUCCUUGGUUCCACAGGGCUUAUGUACGGGGAAAGAUGAUUGAACUCAGUCCUCAAGUGAUCAACAAGUUACUACAUCUUCCGUCUGAUAAUCCUGAAGUGUUUCCCUCUACCUUGAUCAAAGAAUCCCGAAGAGAAGUGGCACUUCGACUAUCUGCAUGGAAAUCAGAUGACUUUGGACUAGCUGGCCUGGGUGCAACUGAACUGACUAUGAAAUAUCAGUGUCUGUUUCGAUUUUGUGCAAUGAAUGUUUUUCCCACCAGUAAUGGGACUAACAUUGGAUAUGAGAUGGGUAAGUUACUUCUCUGCAUUGACAAACUUUGUGCUGACAUCAAUUUCGGCUUUGUUGUCAUCUCCAGAAUGAUGAAGUAUGCCCGCGGCAAGUCAUUUGACAAAACGAACCUCCCAUAUCCGGCCCUCAUUACACUGUUACUGAAGCAGAAUGGGAUCCUUCCUGAUCCCACUGAAGAUUCAAUUCAAACAACAUUUUUCAAGCCUAGGUCGAACUUGCACAAGCUUUUCAACGACUUUAAGGAACCUCUCCCAGCCGAUCCGUCCGGUCAGCUCUUGGAAGCCCGAAGGAUACUUCUUGAAGUUUUGCAGGAACAAGCUUCUAUUCACUCCACCUUAGCUGAACAUAGGAAGAAAAUCAUUCGUGCUCUGCAUCUUCAUCCUCGGUUUGCCUCCGGUCCAGAUGAGGAGGAGGAAAUCCCUGACUUCCUAUAA